AUGAGUGACAAGCAAACAGAUGCACACGGUCCGCAAGAGUCCUGUCCAUCCGUUCCACAACCGAACAAACCAGUUACUACCCCAAGUCCUCCACCCCCUCGACCGGAGGUGGACAUUUUUCCGUUAAUGAAAGGUCAAUCGAACUCGUUACCGUUGCACACCGUUAGUCAUAGUCCCUCACCGACCGCCGGAAUCGGGAGUGCAGUAGGUCCGAGUUCCGCUCAAAAAGUUGCCCAACUCGAGGCGGAACUGCGAGCACUCGAAGCCAGACCGGGACUGGCACGACCGGAAGAACUGGAUCGAUUGCGUGUGGAAAUACAGUUUCAGCGUCGUUUGGCCGAUCGCGAAUCACUGCGUAGAUAUCGACAAGAUGAGCCAGCGGUGUCGUUGGUCCGUCCAAGGACUGAUGUUUCCCCUGCGCCACACAGUGGCGGCCCACAGUCUCAUGCGAAUCAUUCAAUAUGGGAAGAAAAACGAUCACAAGCAGAACGAGAACUGGAAGCCACGUACGUCCUCGAUUGA